CCUGAAGGCGUCACUGUUCCACCCCUGCUGGGCUGGCACAAAGCUAAUUUUACAACAGCAUACCGACACACACACAAACACACACGCGCGCGCUCACACGCUGUAAUUACCUGCCAAUCUGAUCGGACCAGCUCCAUCUGCAAGUCAAAAGCGGAGGUGUGAAGACACUGAACUUCCAUUGCUGUCGUAAUACUGUUUUCCGAUAGCAAACAUCAGCAACGUUAGCAAAGCUAAGCUAACAGGAAGGGCUAACGGUAGUUGGCUGAAACUCCUGCUUUGUGUAAAACCUUCUUCCUCAGACUGCUGGAUUUGACACAUCCAGCUAUGUGAGCUGUUCUAAUGUGUGGAUUUUUAAAUCCAUACACUGCCUGGUUGAGACAGCUUUUCAGCUGUUCUAGAGAACUACUUGAUCACUGUGAUAUAAAAACCCAACAGACCUGCAGCUGAUUUAGCUGAACAGGUGUAUGUUGUCUGGGAUUGAAGCCUAACUCCCCACAGCAGCUUCCAUUCCUUUUUAUUAUGCCUCUGGGAUUAGGAAGAAGAAAGAAGGCCUCUCCAUUAGUUGAGAAUGAGGAAGCAGAGCCCAUCCGUGCAGGCCUCAAUGUGGCAGGUAUGGAAGGCCUGGAUGGAGCAGUAGUUGGACUCGGGGAAGGUGCUGCCUCUGAAGGUCUUCCUCCCCCACCUAACAGCAUGCGACCUCGGCUCAUCUUCCACACUCAGCUUGCACAUGGCAGCCCCACGGGCCGCAUAGAGGGUUUUAGUAACGUGCGAGAGCUUUAUGCCAAGAUUGGAGAGGCUUUUGGGAUACCACCAUCAGAGGUUAUGUUUUGCACACUAAACACUCACAAAGUGGACAUGGAUAAACUCUUAGGAGGUCAGAUUGGCCUGGAGGACUUUAUUUUUGCCCACAUUAAAGGCCAGAAGAAGGAAAUAGAAAUAUUCAAAGGAGAAGAUGCUCUAGGGUUGACAAUCACUGAUAAUGGAGCUGGCUAUGCUUUCAUCAAGAGGAUUCGCGAGGGGAGCAUCAUCCAUCAAAUCCAGGUCAUCAACGUGGGUGACAUGAUCGAGUCGAUCAAUGGCCAUCGUCUUAUAGGCUGUCGACACUAUGAAGUUGCCAAAAUGCUGAAGGAACUUCCCAAAGGAAAGGAGUUUACCAUCAAGCUGGUGGAGCCUCUCAAAGCCUUCGAUAUGAUUAGCCAGAGGUCUGGAGGUUCCAGGUCUGCAUCAGGGGUUCAGCUGGGGACUGGCAGAGGAACCCUUCGUCUGCGCUCUAAAGGUCCUGCCACAGUCGAGGAACUGCCUUCAGCAUUUGAGGAAAAGGCCAUUGAGAAGGUGGAUGACCUGCUGGAGAGCUAUAUGGGAAUAAGAGACAGCGAGCUUGCGGCCACCAUGGUGGAAUUGGGAAAAGACAAAAAGAACCCAGAUGAGUUUGCUGAAGCUUUAGAUGAAACCCUGGGAGACUUUGCCUUCCCAGAUGAGUUUGUUUUCGACGUCUGGGGCGCCAUCGGAGAUGCUAAAGUUGGGCGGGUGUAACCACAGAAGCUAAUGGGGCAGAGCGACCCCAUGUGUGUGUUACACCCACAGUGUUUAGCACUACUACAAAACAGAACACUACCAUCAUGAGUUUGUUUUUAUUCCAGUGUACACUCCUUCUAUUUUUGUGUAUUUCUACCCUUUUGGGAGACCGAGUGGAUGUUCCAGUUCCACGGAGAGGAAGGUGACUUCCAAAGUGCUUUUAUUUGUCUUCCAGCUAUUUUCCAGAAAUGUCAAGCACGCUGAUGAGCUUUUCCUUCGACUGCAUCACAUCAACCUGCAUGUUGUUGUUGUUGCUGGCAGCGGAACAAGUACACUACAAACUAUUUGAAAUGGGAGAAAUGAACCAUGACAAGAUCCUUGACAUUAAACAAAAGAAGUCUUAUUUUUUUUUUUACCCCCCCCCCACACAUUGCACUGUUGAACUGCACUGUAAACCAUCAACAGAGGUGAACAUAGAUUGCACUGUAUCUCUCCUGGCUGGUGAGUUUUUGCACAGUAGUAGGCCUCCCUGAAGUACAGUGUCAUCGUGAACCACUUGAUGUUACUGUUAUGGAUCAGUUUAACAAGCAUGUGCUGUUAUGUUUUUAUUACUACAUAACGAAUUCUGCUGGUUUUAUGUUCUUUUUCUUAGUUUAUUUUUAAGUCAAACUGAAAGCUGUUGCAGAGGGAUGAUAGUAAACUGUAGCUCUGGACUGAAAAGAUCAGUGGUUUUUCACUAUUAACACACCAUGUUGUAAUGAUGUUAUCUGUGCAGGCAGCUGCACAUUCCUGUCUUUCAUAGAUUCUACAGUGUUAAAAGAAAAUCAGUGUUAGGUUGCUGUUACUGAAAGUCAGUACAUGAGUGUAAGAAACUGAUUGGUUUCCCUGUUUGUGGACUGCAUUGACUUUUUUUUUUUUUUUUUAUAGCUAGUGUCUUUUUAUAUAAGGUGAUGUGAUGUCUAUUUUAAAAUACGAUUUGUGUAACAGAUGAAAAAUAUCCAUCCGGUGUUGCAACUUUAUAACGGAGCAGUAUUAAAGAAGAAAAUGUAAUGUAUUGGAGUAGUUGUGUUUAAAAAAACAAAACAAAAUGCCUUCAUUUUUAUUUUUUUUUUUGUUGUUUCUGUAUGUUUUGUUGGUCUGAUGUGUGGUGUUGAGGACUUGGAGCAGACAGAAAUAGUAACUUCCUUUGUGCUUCAGUCACUUGUGGUUGUGGGAAAUAAAUCAGCAGGUAAUGUUGCACCAAUUAUUCAGUUCAGGUAAACACAUGUCUUUAAAAAAAAAGUUAUGGUGUUAACCUUUUCAGUAUAACCAAAUGUAUGAAUCUAUUUUGUAGUUUUGUUUCAUUCCUCAGAGUUAAUGAAUAUCUAUAUGGGUGAUGUAACGAAACUGAUGCUCAAACACUGUAACAUGGAGAAGACGUUAUUUUGGCUUUGUAUUACACUGAUGUCCAUGUCCAAAUAUAUUGCAAUAAUAACA